AUGAGCGACGAAAAGGAAUUUAAGGAUGUGAUCGGUGAUGAAGCAUCCGGAAAUAGUGCGGGGACAGGGUCGACAGAGUUGAUAGAAGCGACAAACAUUUUUAAGGUUGGAGUGAAAGUGCCACCAUUCUGGGCAGAAGAACCGGAGAUAUGGUUCGCCCAAGUCGAAGGUCAAUUUCAUAAUUCCGGCAUCACCAGUGACGUCACAAAAUUUAAUUAUGUGAUCUCCCACCUCGACAAUCAGUAUGCUCGUGAAGUGAAGGACCUUAUUAUCAACCCUCCCGCGUCGCAGAGAUACGACAAGCUUAAAACCGAGCUGAUCAAGAGACUGGGCAUUUCCAAUGAGAGGAAGACCAAGCAGUUGCUGAUGCAUGAGGAGCUCGGGGACCGCAAACCUUCGCAUUUCUUCCGGCAUCUUAAGGAUCUGGCGGGACCUGCAGUACCAGAUGAUUUUAUCAGGUCUAUUUGGAUGACCCGCCUUCCUCAUGGUGUGCAGAUGGUGCUCGCGGGCCAGCCAUCUUCGGCUUCGCAUGAAGAAAUCUGCGACUUAGCUGAUCGUGUUAACGACUUGGCCAGUUCUUCGCCGAAAGUCGCCGCUGUGAGUGGUGGAGCUGCGAGUUCAGUUCCCAGCGAUAUUGCCAGAGAAAUCGCAGAGCUUCGGAAACAGUUCCAGCAGUUCCAGGCGUCCGGACCAGGCAGGAGUAGCAGAUCCAGGACGCGCGCAUCUCCAGGCAAGCGUAACGCAUCCAGGCAACGAUCCCAGUCGAACUAUCGCAAGUAUCCUCUCUGCUGGUACCAUGGGAAGUUUGGAGACAAGGCCAGCAAGUGCGUUCGACCAUGCGACUUCAAGCCGGCGGAAAACGAAAGGGGCAGUCGAUAA